UCAAACAGUUGGAGACGGUUAGUGUCAGCUGCCGGGUGAUUUUCUUGGGCCCGUGUGUGGGGCUGCGAUGAGCAGCAUGGAGAGCCGGAUGGUGACACCGGGGCCCUACCGCGCCACCAAGCUGGUGAGGGGCUGCGGGUCAGCACACAGGCGGGGACUCUGCCGGGCGCGGUUCAGAGUUUGCGUGGGGGACUGGAGCCCCUACGGAGCUAGGGGGUGGGGGAAAGCAGCAAAGAGCGAUGGAAGCGGGUCCCGAGGCCGGCCUGGCAGAGGCUGACUAGUAGAGGGAUGGGAGGGGCCCAGGGCUCUGGCUGGCAGAGGGAAGGAAGGGGACCCGGGGUCUAAAUGCGCUCGAUUUUUUUGCUUUGGUUUUUUUCCAUCUCCACCCCUCCCCUCCUGCAGUGGCAUGAAGAUGCCAUUGAAGAAGCACAGGCAACACUUCAGAAAACACGGGAAUUGUUUCAGUGCCAUGGAAGCUGUGGACUGGCUUCACGAAAUGCUACAGAAUAACAGCAAUUUUGGUCCAGAAGUUACUAGGCAGCAAACGGUUCAAUUACUAAGAAAGUUUCUCAAGAAUCAUGUAAUUGAGGAUAUAAAAGGAAGAUGGGGAUCAGAAAAUCUAGAUGACAACAACAACCUAUUUAGAUUCCCUUCAACCUCUCCAGUUAAAACUUUACCAACGAGAUCUCUAUUGAAAGAGAACACAGAAAAUGUUCCAAAAGAGAAAGAAAGUCUCUUUAAAUUACCACAUUUCUCCAGGAAGACUCCUAAAAAACAUGAAUUACUUGAUACUCUGGAGAAUACAGAAAACACAAAAAGUGAAAUAAUGGAUGAGGACAAAGAAAACGUACACAUGAGGAAAAUAAGUCAAGAGGAUAUAGAAGAAAUUUGGCGAAACAUCAUUUUGAUACACUUGCAAACCAUUUUAGGUCUACCAUCUUUGGAAGAAGUCUUGCAUUCAGGCCAAAUAAUUCCUCGAUAUGUCAUAUACAACAUGACUAACACAAGUAAACAUGGUGUUGUUGUUCUGCAAAACAAAUCAGAAGACCUCCCUCAUUGGGUAUUGUCAGCUAUGAAGUGCCUUGCAUACUGGCCUAGAAGUAAUGACAUGAGCCAGCCAACUUAUGUUGGUUUUGAACGGGAUGUAUUCAGAACAGUCGCUGAUUAUUUUCUCAGUCUACCUGAACCAUUGCUUACUUUUGAAUACUAUGAACUGUUUGUGAAUAUUCUUGUUGUGUGUGGCUACAUCACAAUUCCAAAUAGACCCAGUGGAAUACACUGUACCCAAGAUCAGGUGUGUGACCCACAGCCUUCAAAAACUCUGCACUUGAACUCUUUCAAGUCAACUGAAUGUCUUCUUCUAAGUUUACUUCGAAAAAAGACUGAAAAACAAGAGGAAGAAUCUGAUUAUUCUGGAAAUAUUUCCCAAAAUGAACAUACUCUUCAAAAAGGAUGUACUAAAAAAUUACAGCACUAUAACUUGGCAUAUAAACGAGCCAGUGAUGAUGACUUUACAAGAAGAACCUGUCAAAAUCUGUUAGGUUUAAAGAAUGAACAGGUCCAGCCUCUCAAACAUAGGGCAAGAUGCUAUUCUUUGGGAAAAAUUGCAGCUACUACUUCAAAUGUUUGUAGUGUAAUGGGAUCAAAUUCCCUCUGUCAAUCUGACAUUGACUUAUCAGGCACAAAUAAAGAAAACACAUUUAUACGCUUUGGGUACAAAGCAGAAUCACUGUUGGAUCUUGGAUCAGAUAGCACUGGGCAGAAACAACCAUAUGAUUUCAAGAGAGUGUCUGCAUCAUGUGUUCUGGAUCAAGAACUCUGCAGGUCUCAUAGUUUACUUGGAAGCAAUAACUCCAGAAGUUGUGGUGGCAUGAAUAUACCAGUUGCUGAAAUCACAGUAAAACCAUAUCAAAUAGUUCAUCUUGGACCAAGGAAAUCAAGUACUACCGGUGUGCUUACUACAGUAAAAAAUGAGCCUAGGGAUUCUAAUAUCACAGUCAAUAAAAGACUCUGCAAAAGUACAGUAGAACUUGCAGAAAAUUCUUUUACUCCAGCUUCCUUUAUGUUGACUGGCAUGCGAAAUCUUCUCCAGCCUCAUUUAGAAAGGGUUGCUAUUGAAGCACUACAGAUAUGUUGUUUAUUGCUUCCUCCGCCAAAUCGUAGAAAGCUUCAACUCUUAAUGCGUAUGAUCUCUCGAAUCAGCCAAAGUGUUGAUAUGCCUCGACUUCAUGAUGCAGUGGGCACAAGAUCUCUGAUGAUACAGACUUUUUCUCGAUGCGUGUUAUGCUGUGCAGAAGAAGUGGACCUUGAUGAGUUAAUUGCCACAAGAUUAGUUUCAUUUCUAAUGGAUCACCAGCAGGAGAUUUUUCAAGUUCCAACUUACCUACAGGUUGCAGUGCAAGAUCACAUAGAUUCUCUGAAGACAGUUCAGUUCCAAUAUCCAGGGGAAGACAUUAGUGCCAUUUUGCCAUCUUAUUCAUAUUGUACGCGGAUAUCUCCUCAGGAGUUUGAUGAACAAAGAAUUUCUAACUCUCAAGCUGCAGUUGCAGAACUGUUGGAGAACAUUAUCAGGGACAAAAAGUUCUCUCUGAAAGACAAAAAGAAAAAGCUAAAACAGUUUCAGAGGGAAUAUCCACUGAUCUACAAGAACAGAUUUCCAACUACAGAAAGUGAAGCAAUACUAUUUGAAAACAAACCGACAAUUAAGCAACCGAUGCUUAGCCUGAAAAAAGCAAAGUUUCGUAGCCUAAGAUACUAAUUCAACUAUAUUUCUUGAAUCUGUUCAUUUGACAGGUAUAUGCAUAAUCUUGUGAAGGACAUUUACUAUGAAAAUCUGCUAUUUAAUUUUUGAAGGAAGGGAGAUGUGCACGUGCACACUUUAUUCUGGGAGGUGCCAAAGUAAAUUUGUUUUGGAGAUCAUCUUUUCACUUAUAAAAUUUUGAAAUUAGAUAAAUAUUUAAUGUUUACAUGCUACCCAACAUAUGCAAUCAAAUAUUGAGUUAUAUGUGUUGAAUCUCAGAAGUAAAAAGAAAUGUGAAAAGAAACAUGAAGUUAUUAGUAACCAAAAAAAGUCUGUGUGCAAGUGUCUGGGAAGCUAAUAUAUUUUUCUUACUUUUUUUUUUUUGUUAAAAUCUGUUUUGGAAAUGAUGCCUUUAAAUUGUAUUCUGGUUUUAAAUCAUCUGUGUGUUCUAUAUAAAUGCUUUGUUUGGCCACUCUAUAUAGUGUGUAUUUGCAACAAAAUAUUACCGUUUUGGACUGAGGUAACAUCUGGGCCUAACAGACAUCAAUAGAGCUAAGAAUUCACCCUAUGUUAGGGGUAAUCUAUUUAUCCAACUACAAACUCAUGUAUAUUAUACAUAUUGCACUCAUUUGUAAAUCAUUUGUCAAUUUUUUUAUAUAUUUAUACAUGUUAAAACUAUUAUACUUGGUUUUAUAUAUAUUUCUAAUUUUUGAUGGAAAGCUCAUCUCAAAUACUGACCUGAAACACUGCUCAAAAACAUACUAGUAGGUAAGAGGGGAAGGAUGAUAUAUACCUAUAAUGGACCAAACUGACACAUAGGCAUUGUGUAUUAGGCUUCAAUGUUUAGUUUAAACUGUGCUGGUUUUUACACAACUUUUGGGAAAUGCCUGUAUUGUUUUUCUCUUAAACAUAUGGCCCUAAUUAAGAUAAUGAGAAUUUUCCUGUUGACUUAAUGGCCAGGAUUUCAUCUCUUAUCUUCAGCAUGAUUUUAAAUCUCUGUGCAAUAAAUUUCAAAUCUUGAAAGUAGGGCAAGGGGGGAGGCUUCAGCUAUUUGCAUAUACUGUGCUAAAAUGUGUGUGCUAUUUUUGUUGUUGCCUGGAUUUUUGUAGGUGGGUUUGGAAUUUGCCAUUUAAAUUCAAGAAAACGUGCAUAUACAGAAAGAGGAAAUUCAUUCUAUGAAUCAAUUUUAUGGGUCACUUAUUUGGCCAAUAUUUAAACAUUUUUUUGUAUUUUGUUAAAUUUAUAAGUUAGCUGUAAUUGGCCACUGCUUGUUAUGCUGGUUAUUUAAUGUUGUUAAAUCACAGUUUAUUAUCUAAGCCAAAAGCCUUGCCAUAUUGUUAAACUCUUGUACACUGUACACUCAUAUUAAGCCAUACCAAAACUAAACUUUGAAUGUAGAGAACA